AUGGCUUCUAUCAUCCGUACCUUGCGGCCCUUGUCGCGCACCCCCUCCGUUCGCUUGGCGGGUCAACGUCUUGCUACCGGCCGGCCCGUACAGAGUGUAUAUGCCUUCUCAACUACCCCCCGCCGGCGGGAGGUUGACCUCUCCGAACUGACCCCAACGCCGAUCACCCUUUUGUCCGAGACCGAGUCCCUGAUGGCCGAUUCGGUAUCAAAGUUCGCAGUGGAGCAAAUCGGCCCGAAGGUCCGCGAUAUGGAUGAAGCCGAGACUAUGGACCCCAAGGUCGUGGAGCAGCUCUUCGAGCAGGGUAUCAUGGGCAUUGAGGUACCAGAGGAGUUCGGCGGUGCCGGUAUGAACUUCACCUCCGCAAUCGUCGCGAUCGAGGAGUUGGCCCGCGUCGACCCCAGUGUCAGCGUGUUGGUCGAUGUCCACAACACACUGGUCAACACCGCCAUCCUGAAAUACGGUGAUGCCCAGUCUCAGCGCAAGUGGCUCCCCAAGUUGACCACCGGCACCGUCGGCUCUUUCUGUCUCUCCGAGCCCGCCUCUGGCUCCGAUGCCUUCGCCCUCCAGACCAAGGCCGAGAAGACUGCUGAUGGUUACAAGCUCAAUGGCUCCAAGAUGUGGAUUACCAACUCCAUGGAGGCUGGCAUUUUCAUUGUCUUCGCCAACAUUGACCCCAGCAAGGGAUACAAGGGUAUCACCGCCUUCAUUGUCGAGAAGGAUACCCCCGGAUUCUCCAUCGCCAAGAAGGAGAAGAAGCUCGGCAUCCGUGCCAGCAGCACCUGUGUGCUCAACUUCGACGACUGUGUCAUCCCCAAGGAGAACCUGCUCGGCCAGGAGGGCCAGGGAUACAAGUACGCCAUCAGCGUGCUGAACGAGGGCCGUAUUGGUAUUGCCGCCCAGAUGACCGGUCUGGCUCUCGGCGCAUGGGAGAAUGCCGCCCGAUACGUCUGGAACGACCGCCGCCAGUUCGGUGAGCUCAUUGGAAACUUCCAGGGCAUGCAGCACCAGAUUGCGCAGGCCUACACCGAGAUCGCCGCUGCCCGGGCUCUUGUCUACAACGCCGCCCGCAAGAAGGAGGCUGGCCAGGACUUCGUCCAGGAUGCCGCCAUGGCUAAGCUGUACGCCUCCCAGGUCGCUGGCCGCGUGUCGAGCUCUGCUGUUGAGUGGAUGGGUGGUAUGGGCUUUGUCCGUGAGGGCAUUGCUGAGAAGAUGUUCCGUGAUAGCAAGAUCGGUGCUAUCUACGAGGGUACAAGCAACAUCCAGCUUACAACCAUCGCCAAGCUUCUGCAGAAGCAAUAUACCAACUAG